GCAGAAAACAGAAGCUCAAAAAAGAAAAAAAGAAAAAAAGAAAAAAAAGGGCAUAGAAUAACAAUAGGGAAAAGAUGGCAGCAAAAAUGGGUGUUGAGCUACCAAUAACAUCCAUGGAUUGAAAGCUCAAGUAGAAGAAGAAGCAAAGUCUAGAAUGAUGAAGGCCAUGCCCCUAUCCUUUGAGGAAUUUCAAGGGAAGGGCGAGUUUGAUUUUUCUUCUUCUACUUCUUGCUCAGAUUCAUCACUCUUACUCCAAAACCAGCAUCGUCAUCGUCAACAACAAGAGAAGUGGCAGAACAAUAAGGAAGGUUGCUGCUAUGUGGGCAGUGAACCCACAUCUAUUAAUACUAGAAGAAGCCCAAGUCCUCCAACAUCUUCCUCAACACUGUCUUCCUCUCUCGGUGGGAACGGCGGCGGAGGCAGCGGUGCCUCCACGGUCACAACCGGCUUCGCGACAACGAAGAUUGUCUCCGGCAACAUCAAUAGCCAAUCCUUAGAAUCUGGAACGGAAAAAUGUGUCUUAGGCAUGGAGGAUUGGGAGAGUGUUUUGCCCGGGUCUCCUAGCCAAGAUCAAUCCAUUUUGAGGCUAAUUAUGGGUGAUGUCGAUGACCCUUGUAUGGGACUAAACAAAAUUCUUCAGUCAGGUGGCGGGUCGCAUGAUAUGGAAUUCAAUGCAGCUUUUGGUGUGGUGGAGCAGGGUUUCACCUUUGAGUCCAUUAGUAGUGGCGGCAACUUGGUAAGCAACAUUGACCCUCCCAUAGCUGGAAGUUGCAUUGAUUUUCCCUGUGUUUCGGCCCCGAUAAAUCGUGCAUUUACAUCUUCACCACCCAAUCUCUUGCCUACUUCACUCCCUCCUGCUGUCUUUGCACAGCAGCCACUUGAAGCUUUGGAUGAAAAGUCUCAGAUUUUCAAUCCGCAGAUGAUAAUGAACCAAAAUCAAACUCGGUUUACUCAAAACCCGUCUAUGUUCUUGCCACUUUCAUAUGGUCAAUUACAAGAACAUAAUCUUUUAUCACCACCGCCGCCUAAGAGAUUUAACUCUGGCUCAAGUGGACGAAACUACCAGGGCCCUAAGGUUCCGUUUUUGGGUUCAGGGCAGGAGCUUUAUCUAAGGCUCCAACAGCAACAGAUCCAGAUCCUUCAGCAAAGGCCAACCACAAUCGGAAUGGCAGACACUGUGAAACCGAAAAUCGUCAGCGAUGAACUGGCUGACCAGCAGCUUCAGCAGGCAAUAAUCGACCAACUAAUCCAGGCAGCAGAGCUGAUAGAAACCGGGAAUCCGGCACUUGCGCAAGGGAUAUUGGCGCGGCUCAAUCAUCAGCUCUCCCCUGUAGGUAAACCCUUCAUCAGAGCUGCUUUCUACUUCAAGGAGGCCUUACAGUUACUACUUCCUUUGAACGCUACCAACUCACCCGCUUUGUCCACGAAUAACAUGAUUUUCAAGAUUGGUGCUUACAAGUCAUUCUCUGAGAUUUCUCCGAUUGUUCAGUUUGCGAAUUUUACUUGCAACCAAUCACUUCUUGAGGCUUUUGAAGGGUGUAGUAGAGUUCAUAUAAUUGAUUUCGAUAUUGGGUAUGGUGGGCAAUGGGCUUCUUUGAUGCAGGAACUUGUUCUAAGAAGCGGUGGUGCCCCAUCUAUGAGAAUCACUGCCUUUGCUUCUUCAUCCACCCAUGAUGAGAUAGAACUUGGUUUCACCCAUGAUAAUCUCAAGCACUUUUCGAGUGAAAUCAACAUGGAUUUCGACAUUGAAAUUAUGAGCCUUGAGUCCUUGAAUUCUGGUUCUUGGCUGUUGCCUCUGCACUUGGGUGAAAAUGAAGCAAUUGCUGUUAAUAUUCCAAUUGGUUCAUUUUCUAAUUAUCCUUCAAUCCUGCCUCUGGUCCUCCGUUUUUUAAAGCAGUUGUCACCCAAAAUUGUAGUGUCUUUAGACAGGGGUUGCGACAGAGCGGAUGUCUCGUUUCCUCACCAUAUAAUCUAUGCACUCCAAUCAUAUUCUUGCCUCCUUGAGUCCCUUGAUGCUGUGAAUAUCAACCUCGAUGCCUUGGAAAAGAUUGACAGGUUCUUUAUUCAACCUAGCAUCGAAAAGAUCGUGUUGGGUCGACAUCGGUCCCCGGAAAGAAUUUCUCCUUGGAGGAGUCUGUUUAUACAAUCUGGAUUCUCUCCAUUAACAUUCAGUAACUUCACCGAGUCCCAAGCGGAGUGCUUGAUUCAACGAACUCCAAUUAGUGGUUUCCAUGUUGAGAAGAGACAGUCUUCACUAGUUCUUUGCUGGCAGAGAAGAGAGCUAAUUGCUGCUUCAGCUUGGAGGUGCUGAGCAUAACGGUGAUUCAAUCAAAUCAACUUUGCUUCAAAGGUACUGGUUUUAGUUUCUUGAUUUUUUAUUUCAUGCUUUGAAAUUUCUGUUAAUUGUUCAUGUACCACCGUAGAUCGAUUGUUUCCUAUCAAAAACAUUUUAGCAACUGUAUGGCUAUGUACAGCUUCUGAUGUGGGUAACUUUCUGUUUUGGUUAUUUACUCCUUGCUAAGUUUUCCCUUUGUUGUAACUUGACAACAAAGGCAAAAACAAAUUCUGGGAAUGAAGAACUUUUAAUUUCUUGAUCA